UUUGCUUCAAAAAACACAAAACAAAACAACACCUUUGAUUACAUAAAUCCUACAAGAUGAAGAAAUUUGAAUGUCUUUUCUUUUGUAUUUCACUCUUCAUUGCCUUUUCUUUUUCUUUUGCUCAUGAGCCUCCUGCCCAAGAUACUCCACAAGCUCCUCCAAGAACAGAAACACCUCCUCCAGCCCAGGAAAAAGAAACACCUCCUCCAGCGCCGGAGAAAGAAAAACCUCCUCCAGCCCCGGAGAAAGAAAAACCUCCUCCAACCCAAGAGAAAGAAACACCUUCUGGAGAAACCACCAUUAAUACAAAUGUCGAAAUCACCUUUAAAGGAUCCUUUACAAAGGUUUAUGCAUUUGGAGACUCAUAUACAGAUACUGGUAAUUGUUUUUUCGUGGAAGGCCUUAAAGCUUUUCUUCUUAAGGUGAGUUCUCAGUAUGCCAAACUUACCAACUUGCAUGGCCAUAGAUUAUGCAAUGGACGGUUGGUGAUUGAUUUCCUUUGUCAUGAUAUUGGUUUGCCCCCAUUAGAAGCAUAUAAGGAUGUUAAAGCUAAUUUCAGUGGUGGAGCUAACUUUGCAGUGGGUGGAUCAACUUGUCUUUCUAGUCAAUUCUUCGCUAACCAAAAGAUUUUUCGCAGUUUAAUGUGGAAACCAGUUCCUGAUAACACUUUGGAACAAAUAGAAUGGUUUAACAGUUACCUUCAGAGUGCGGGUUGCAAGGAGAAAGACGAUGCUAAAUGCAAAACUCAAAUUGAAAACUCCCUCUUCUGGAUUGGUGCUUUAGGUUCUAGUGAUUAUGCGCGCAUUUUGGGAUCUUCUUUUUCCGGUAAAUCACUUUCAGAAGCAUCUGUAGGUCAUGUUGGCCAAUUUCUUCAGUCAUUGCUAGAUAAAGGAGCAAAGUACAUUAUAGUUCAAGGGUUACCACCAGUAGGCUGCUGUCCAUUACAAAUGCUCCUGAAUAAAGCGAAAGGGCAUGACGAAUUGGGAUGCUCAGCAGCAGUUAAUUCAAUGAUAAUGUCACAUAACGAGCUUCUCCAAAAGAGUUUGGAAGAAUAUAGAGAAGGAAACAAAGAUUGUGUCAUAAUUUUUGCAGACACAUGGAAAGCAUACAUGGAAAUAUUAAAAGACCAUAAGAAAUUCAACUUUGAAGAGCCUUUUAAGGCAUGUUGUGGAGUUGGAGGAGGAGAACUCAAUUUUUGCUUGAAAAAUCUUUGUGGAUCAGCUGGCUCUACCACUUGUAAGGAUCCUGAGAAGUACAUUAGUUGGGAUGGGAUUCAUUUCACUGAAGCUAUGAACAAACAUUUAGCCAAACUCUUAUUCCACGAAAAAGGCUAUUGUUCCCCAGAGUUUGAUGUUUUGAUUGAGGCCAGGAAGAAGGUCUCUGUCUCAGUUGGGGCCUCAACCUCAGGUGGGGCUGCUUAGGCUAAUGUAGUGUUGGUCUGUUCGUCAUUAUUAGAUGAGCUUAUUAAAGCAGCCAAAAGGGCACUUGUGUGUUUGUUGUUCUGGCUACAGGUCUAGUAGCAUUGAAUAAGGCCCUAGUUAAGAAGACAAACGAUAAGCAGGAUUGCGCCAAAUUUAUGUUAGCCGUUGCAAAGCAAAUCCGAGUUCGAUAGUGUUUCUCCUUUUAUUAAUUAAUUUUACUUGCCUCUGAAGUUUCAACCUUGAUCA